AUGGCAGAUAUCGCAAGUGAUGGUGCAACACUUUUAUCAUAUACUUCAAUCAGUAAUAUCUUUCCAGUUCAGUCAAAUGAUCUCGAAAAUGCACACAGUGCCUCAUCUUGUGGAACGAAAUGUCCUAUUAAGGAUGACAAAACACAGAAGAGAUCGAGCUUUUUUAAGAAUAAAAACGGUAUCAAGCAGGGUCUAAAACGAAAAUUAUGGAAGAAAAAUGAAAUUUCAAACCCAAAAAUUUCAACAGAUGAUGAAGAAUCGACUAGCGCUGAUGGGGACUCUGUUUUUGAGACUUCGAGCAUAUACUCAGAUACCGAAUCAUGCACACAUAAACUUAGAUUUUGGUUGAACUAUGAGAUGUCUGAGUUAUCUUCAAAAAAAUGCGAGAAUUUUGAUAUGGGGCUGUCUACAACUUUUCCAACUAUUCCAAAUCCCUAUGCUACUUGCCAUCAAAUAAUGGAUCCUCUACAAGAUGAAGCACAUUUUCCAGGCAGUAACGAAAAAGAAAAUAAACGCCUAACUGAGGCUUUGUCUGGACAACACUCUGAAGUUCUGACGAAGUCACUGAGUGGAAUGCCAGAUGUUCCACAAAAUCAGUCUAAAUCACAACAGCGAGUAGAAGUUCAAGCUGAAUGUAAAACCCGAUGUUUUGAGUCAAACAAAGAAAGAGAACAAGAGCGAACUCAAAUUCAAAAAGAACCUGAUAUUAUCAUAUAUAAAAGAGUUCGCAGGCAUCGUAUAAGAUUCUGGCGAAACAAAUACUUGCCAGAAGAUAGUUAUAAAGGAAACAUCACGGAGUUAAGGAUUUCAAGAAUCACGGCUCGUAUUCUAGAGGCACGUGAAAGAGCCACUAAGAUCGCAUUUGAAGCAGCAAUAUUUGCAAGAAGACGCAAUACACGAAAAGCUAUAAUAUAUUCAUGUGCAGUUGCGGCGGCUUGUUUCGCAAGGGUCAAACAUAUCGAUAAAACGCCAGGCGCCAGUCAUGGUAGCCUCGCAACUGAGUACAUGAAGGCUUCAGAAGAGGUAGCCAAAGCCUCACUCACCAGUCGUUUUUAUAAUAAGGAUUACCAUAAAUUGAGAGCAAAGUUCAAUGAGCACUUUCAAUAUAAAAAUAACACUGAUUAUUUUAGGGCCAUAGUUCCAAUACCUGUAGAAGAUUUGGACAAAAAUUCAGGUGCAUAUCAGAUGUAUAAAAGGAUGCAGAGAAUACCUAGGCCACCGGUCUUGGACAAUACGGUACUUCAAUUUCAUUUAGACAGACUAAAGAAGAAGGAUCGAGAGUUUGAGAUUAGAUAUCUGAAAUUUUUGAAAGAGACAGGUAUGACAAGAAUUGAAAUCAGCAUUCAAAAAAAACCACUUCUCAGUCCAUAA